AUGCAUAGUGACUCUCUUCGUCGCCAUGAGAAAACGCACACCAAAGACUCAGUUAAGCCCAUCCCUAAGGUCUCCAAGGCCUGUGAUCGAUGCAAUGCCCUUAAAACGCGAUGCGACAAGGGGAAUCCAUGCACGGUCUGUGCCAAGAGGGGUCUUCAAUGCACCUUUGACCGAAGCUUUAAGAGGGAGAGUCGGAGUGCGAGUAUUCUGUCAGGGACUGAGUAUGAGGAGAUGCAGGCUGGUAGAAAACGGAGACGUGUUGAUCAGGAUCUAUCAGAUCGGUUACUUGGUUUGAAUGGUCUGAUUGACGCGGUGGCUGCAUCGUCUUCUUCAUUUAAUACGCCUACACCACCUCCACCAGUUCACGUAACCGGUGCACCUUCAAAAAUUGAUCAAAUCCAGUCCCAGGCAGAAGAAGAGGUGUCAAUGCAAAGCCUCCGUGUCGCUGUACGACAACAUGAAGCUCAAAUCCAGCAUGAUCUGCUGAACAUCGGUGAUGAGAAUCAGCCAAAGCCUCAAACCCAGCAGCAUCCACAAGAAGAUUCAGAUCACCUCAUUUUCCGACUCUUAGACGUCUACACAGCAUCGAAAUCCUUCCUCGCAACCGACCACCACACUUCACCUAGCCUCGAAUCCGCAGAAAUGACUGAAUUGAUGCACCAACUCGACGCAAAAUACUAUAUCGAAAUCUACUUUAUGCAUUUUCACGGUCAAUGGCCCUUUUUGACAAGACCGCAAUUCAACCCGGAGACUGAACCGCCCAUCCUGGUGCUUGCUAUGGUGAUGUGUGCGUUUCGGAUGACCGAGGAAAAGAGUUUGACGAGACUUGCGUGGGCGAUUCAUGCACAUUUACAGGCUAUUUUUGUGACGCAGAUGGAUAACUGGACAGUGAAAGAAUACUCAUCACACCGCUGGCCAAUAGCUACGUAUCAAGCUAUUCUGCUCUUCACCAUUUUCGCACUUACUGCACAUGAUUAUACAGAAGUCUUUGCAUCUAACGAAGACGAUGACGAAGACAACGACAACGACGAAGGCGACGAAGCAGAAGAAGAAGAAGAGGACGUGCUAGAUCGUAUAUAUCCUAUCUUCACACGUCUGGUCGACACAUGUCGCGUCCAGCGCUUACUGCAUUAUCCAUCCAUGCUCUCCCAAAUCCACGCCGAUGAUCCACUAGUCUACAAACUAACCGCAUCUGAGGAAUUCAAAUACUUUGCUUUGACUUUGUUUAAAGUUGAUAAUAUUUUCUCGAAACUCAUACAACUUGACAGAGACACCGUUGGGGACAUUAACGGCAAUGUCGACCAGCACGUUGAUGGUGCAUACACGCCAUUGGCGAUCUCAGACCUCCAAUUCCCGCCGCCUAUUAACAGUUAUCUAUGGGAAGCAGACGGGAUUCGUGAACUGCUUCGUCGGCGCGCGCGGCAGUGUCGGGAUCCGACGCGGUCGUCGGAUGUGUAUAAUGCUGUCAUGGCGGGCGAUCGAGAGACGUCGUUGAAUCGAGAAACCAAUCCGUGGAUAUGCGAUAUAUUGGAUGUUGCGUCGGUCGGAGAUGAGGAAUUGCAGAGAAAGAAAAGUUUGGGAAGGAAGAGGAGAAAGGCUUGGAUGAGUCUUGGGCCUUGGUUGGGAUAUUUGGUUGGAUUGGAUGCUGGCUCUGCUGUGAUGUGA